CGCCAAACUUGUUUAACAGCAAAACACUUAUAUUUUGGAGAAACUCUAAACUUCUUUUUGGGGUCCAAUAUGGUGUAAAAGGUUUAAAGAAAACAAAUCUUGAUUGUAAGUGCAACGGACUUGAGCAUUUUCAUCAUUAUUAUUAUUUAAAGCGCACGCGAGGCAAGCGCGAGCUUUAAGUAGAGCUUACAAACAUUAGCCCCAUGAGUGCAGUGUAAGCCCAGUGUAUUUUUUUAGGUAGAGCUUACAUACAUACCAGAGUGUGUCCAACAGAGAAAUGCUGAAUCCAGCAAAAGUAGUCCUGGUCAUCAUUUUCCUGCUGUUUUCACCUCAGUCAAUGACAAGUGCCUUUCUCAGGUAAAUAAUAUAUUAAUUACAAUCCUACAGGUAUGGAUUCAUCAAGCCUUCCAAAACUAAGAUAUACAACAACAACAGCUUAUCCUUUACUCACAUUAAAUAGAUUCGUUUAGUAGUGUAAAGAAUACAAAUAAACGAGAAAGGAGAAAGAACUUCAUGUGAGUCCGAAGUUAGCAUAGCUGUAGUUGAUGCAGAAUGGAAGUUUAGGUAUGUGAUUUUUUGUAGAGAAUAUUGAAUUUAUAAUGACAACCAUUUUUACUGAGGAAUUUUGUAACCUGUAUAGUCUAACUAUCGACUGUGGCAAAGGAGCCCGAUUAUAUAGCAGAUGAAUUCAACGUAAUCAUCCCUAUCCAAAAGAGUCUCCGAUAAGUGUGGCCCCUGUUCUCGAAAUGAGCGUCUGGGACCCCUCCCGAAUCGUAAUAACCCAACUUAACUCAACGUUAACUGGACUCAGCUUUAUCAAAGCAAUAUUUGCUGUGUUCUCCCCCCAAAAAAAGCAUCAACAAGAAAAUGAUCUGCAACGAGCAUUAGCUAAUCUAGGCGGAACAGUCAGUCAUUCCAGUGCAAGAUAUUGCAAUAUUACAGUUCAAUUAGCCUGAGAAAACAGCCCACAUUUGGCGACACUACCACUGGUUUGCCCGCCAAAUGACGUCUGGGAAACGAGAGCAGAAAUUCCAUACUGAUGAAGUGUCACUACCCAGAUCUGGGUGGUGCUUCUGAUUGGUCGUGCCCGGUGGGAAAUUUGAUUCAGCCAAUAAGAGGCACUACCCAAAUUUGUGUAGCGAUGCUUCAUCAGUAUGGAAAUUCUACGCUCGUCUCUCAGACGUCAUUUGGCGGGGAAACCAGAGGUAGCGUCGCCAAAUGUCGGGCUUCAGUUAAAUUCAAUAUAAUUAUCAUCAGCUUGAUUGCAAGCCGCAAAGUUCUAUUAGUUUUUAGUGCUGUAGAAAUUUAAGAAAUGUCGAUUCAGUCAUCAUGCCUCUCUAGAAUCUCAACCAGGAAAAAGUGGAGUUUCGUUUUUCAAAAAGUGCUUUUUCACAGUGUUUCGGUAGCUUUCUUAAUGUUUCUUGUAUGACGUCAAUGGUUACUUCCUACCACUUUUUACAUCUUUGUCGGAUUUGAGUCGACCCUGUUGUCGAGAUCUAAAACUUUCUAACCAGCUUUACCAAGGGUCUUCACUCCAAAAAUAUACUAGGUGAAAGGGUCUGAAAACUAUAGUAAGCAUGAAAUAUGCAGGAACCGCUAGUGAAACAAUCAACAUGGGAUGAGGCAGCUUCAUCUGAUAAUGUUUUAAUGACCAUUCUCCCCCGGUUUUACUAGAAAGUUCCUUGUCGUGUAAAGGCUGGGCUUAAAGAGUUCACAGUUAAAACGGAUUUCCAACAUACUCAAAUUUGGGACAUAAAAUUUCAUGCAUCCAUGCCUCUUGAACUUUUAACGCAGGAUUGAAUGAGGCAAUAUGGUGCGAUAAAUCAAGUCAAUUAUCAAAUACUUAAGUAUUUUCUCCCUCUAUGGGGCUUUUCAGGGGUAAUGAAGCAAAUAUUCAAAUGGUACCUAACAAGGUUAAGAAUCCCAACUGGUAGGAGGCGAAUUAAAUGGCUAUUUUACUAGCGUGGCCGAGGAUUUGAACGCGGGACUACCGAGAACCAAUCCAGCUAGCGAUAAGGGUAGGACUUGAAACUCGGCCCUGCGAAAUACAAGUCCAUCGCGGCCUCGUUUUCUAAUCAAGAAAAGAAGGGCGAGCAAAUUUGAAAGAAAGGUGGGGAGGUAAGGUAAUGGCGUCGAGAAAAAUUUUGUUUUAUGGCCAUGCAGAAAGUUUGUUUGCAAGAGGUAAAGACCAAAUUGAAUUUUAUAAAAUGUACUUAGCAGCACUGUCUCUUCAUUAAUAGAACAAAGUCAAUGUUCUUAAUUUCUGAUGUUUUUAAGUCCUAUUUAAUAUUUACUUCUUUUCAUUGUAGCGAUAACUCAACGCAACUCAUGGACGAUAUUUCAGCUGUCAUUACGAGAAUAGCAAAGGAUGAAACACACAGGUUUAUUCGGCCAAAUGCAAGAGGUAUAGAAGACAAUAAGGAAUGACAGAAAUAAAGCACGAGAAGUUACAGAUUUCAACAGAAUCAGACAUUUUCCAUUAUGACGACUAACAAGAUCCCCUUUGAUCUGAGUUUUACCUUUUUUUUGACAGGGCCGCCAAUAGAAGUCCAAGUUGAAGUGCAAAUAGUUUACAUUGGAGGCUUUCAAGAAGUUGAUAUGGUUUGCAAUUAUUUAUUUUACAAUAACUGAAUUAUAUCUCACGCGCUGAUUGGCUAAUUUUUAUUAUCAACUUAACAAAUAAAUUCCAUGUUGCCGUUCGUCUGUUCAGUAAUAGAGCACAAAUGGGGUCAAAAUGUGGUAAAAACAAAGUGGCACACGAGCGGCAGGCGAGUGUGUCACACAUACCUGCCUCCUACCGCUUGACUGUUCAAGGAUUUGUGCUAGUUUAGGCAUUUUUAAAGUCCCAAACGCUACUUUUCGUCUCUACUUUUUCUUGUUUUCUUUAUCUUACUUGUAUACUGUUCCUUCGAAAAAUUUUUCAACGUCUUUUCUUGCUCAAAGCAGAAUAAUGGCGAAAUCAUUUUGCAAAACAGCGAGUCUCUCGUAGCCGACACACAAUGGCAACUGUUGUGAAGAUUUCUUGUAGUUUCUUACGCAUUCUCAAGUAGUCAAGCUAUUUUUGUCUCCGUUUCUCCAUUUUUAUUCUUUGUAAAUGGCUCCUGCUAAACACUUUUGGAGGCUUUCACUUGUUUUAAUCCGAAAAAAUCUCACAAACAUUUUCAAAACCGCGCUCCAUAUGUUAAACAAAAGAAAGAAAACAAGUUUCCCGUGACGUCAUCCAUGUAUCUGGGCCCAGUUGUUCGAAUGCCGAUUAGCGCUUAACCCCCAGGGUUAAAUUUAACCCGGGCUUCUUUUUAUUUUUUUCAAAAGCAUUUUCUCGGAUAAUUUUUACCGGUGUUUUUAAGAGCAUCCAAUCAUCAACUUGUUGACAAAAAGAAUUAAACUGAAUUUACUUUUUAAGCUUUUUAACCUGCGAGAGCAUCCGGUUUUUUCGGCUCAACUAGAAACUUGAGUAGAAAACACCGGAUGCUUUCGCAGGCUAUCCUAUUAGUAGGCUAUCCUAUUAGCCUGCGGAGCACCAUGGGUAAGUAAAUCUACCCAUCCCAGAAAAUUUGGUAAUCACGUGACCGCACACCGCCCCCCCUCCCCCGCCAGUCCGUGCGCUGUACAUCAAUGUUGUGGCUCCUGGUUGUGAUCAAUUGGCAGCUGUCAAAACAGGAUUCCGCUGACCAGUAUCACCUGACAAUAUCGCGGGCUCAGGUGUGAAUCCAUCGAGGCGACUAUCUUUUUGAAGUUAUGGGCUGACAAGUUACUAGUUUUCAAAUGAUCGCAGGCUCAAGUUUAAUUUUUUUUAAUUCAUAUGAAAUAUUUUGCAUUUAAUUAAAAUUUUGAUUUCAAACUGACCUUGGAAGCUAAAAUUCAGCCAGUUUUUACAGGCAGGCAAGACAUGCCAGUUGCUUUUGACUUUUCUCACCAAGGUCAUGCGUUGGUCACGCUCUAGGUCCAAUUUUUAAGUUCUGAUUGGUCAAAAUUUGACAGGAGAGGUCAUGCGGAAAAUUUAUGCAGCAUCUUGAAACUUGUUUACUUUGACAGCUAACGCUGACAGAGUUUUGUGUCAGCUUGUGAUGUUGUUAACUGUCUUUUUCCACUGAAUGUACAAAAUGAAAUUCUGCUGCUAUCCAGAGUUUUCUGUUAUUCACAGCUAGUUUGUUUAAAGGGGUUUUGGUUGAGAAAUACGUCGCUUGUCAAAGGCGAAAAUCCGAUUUCGGAUGGCAUCGUUUUCGUUUUUCACCUUGCUUGAUGCGUAAGAGGGUUGAAGUCUGAAGCGAUUCUGGGCUUACUUGAUAGUUUUCAGUGCAUCUCGAAUGGUAAGCCUGAGUAAUUAAUGUAUUUGGUGUUUGUUUUUGAUAUCUAAUUUAAUGAAGUCGGGAGUAGUUUAUGCGGCUAUUUAGUUUAUGCACGUUUGUAAGAUUUGAGACAAUGAUCUGACCGAGUAUCAGGUUUGAUUAUAAGCUUAUAGAACUUAAAAAAGCCUUUAGACAUUUUCUCACCGCAAACGGAAAGAAAACGUUCCAUAGAAUAUUUAGCUAUAAUUCUGGCUGUGAAAGAAAGCUUUGAGCAAUUUUCUUGCCUCGAGUUCAUCUUUGAAAAAAGCAAACACUGGGAAGCCGGCUUAAAACAUAAACAAGGAUUUUCAGAGGCACUUUAAUACUUGUCUUCGUGAAUGACAAUUGUUGUCUCUGUAUAUGUUUCACCGAAUUAUUUUCCUUUAAUUGAUUGUUAGUGGUCUCUUUUGCAAUUUCAAUCGCUAUGCCGUUUGUUUUCAGUCGCUCAUGAACAUCGCUUGCAGGAGUACUCAAAAUGCCGCGCGUAUCAAACGAAGAAGAUUACACAUCGUUAUAAAACCAUCAAACAAAAAAUAAACAUAAUAAAUUCUUUAUCAUGUUGAAGCGUAUAAACUCUAUUAAUCUUGAUUUAAACAGUCGACUUAAGCGCUUGUCAAAAGUGAGAACCGGCUAGCCGUAUAUGUAGGUUAUUUUGAAUUUUUUUUUUAAACGGUUCCGGUAAAAGCACACGAGUGCUUCGAUCGUCCUGAAUCUUGAGUGAGUUCAAUUUGUAGUGCAAAAUUGUGAAAUACUGCAUUCUGUCCGAGGUCUGUAUGAUAAAAACAGCGCCUCAUGGUACUUUUUCACCUCAGAUGUGAUGUAUAAAAAGGAUAAAAUGUUGGUUUACAGGUCCCCAGACUUGUUGGCAAGAUUUUGUAAAGUAAAUUAUAAACUUGUCGAAAGCAAAAAACUCGGCCUGAUUUGUUUUCCAAGAAUUUGUUUUCCAGGCCUAAUCUACUGUGAUCAAGAGCCAUUAUGGCUCUUUAAUGUGAUCGAAGAUGAUUGCUAUUCUUUGGGUGUACAUAUAUAAAGGCUAUCAACUCGAUCUAAGAGUAAGUUCACUCUUAGCUUAGACUGUUUGCAAAUUAUUUUUCUCUAAAAUAACUUAGCCUUUCCCUCAAAAGUCACAUGAAUGUGCUUUAAAGUUAACUGAUUGGUGGAAUACAAUUGCAAGUUUAUUGUUUGAUUUAAACUAUAAAUUCGAGUUAAUACGAGCUUCGCUUUUAGCCCUGGCUAAAUCUAUAUAUUAAUUUACUGUGAGACAUGUUUCCUCGAUGGGCAAGUAUUGCCGACAAGUAGAUUUUCUCGUUUUCACUGGGAAGUGAACUGAGAUUGCCAAUGUUUCCUUCGCAGACUUUUACUUUGGAACUGUUCUUUCGUCAGUACUGGCGUGAUGACAGGUUAUCUCAUAAUGUGCCUGAGGGGCAGAUAACGUUACCUGGCGACACCGCUGACAGACUGUGGCAGCCUGACACAUUCUUUCUAAACACGAAAAAGGGAAAGCUGCACAAAAUGACUACCUUAAACAAAGUGAUGGUAAUUCAGGCCGAUGGUAGUGUAUUUGUCGGCACAAGGUAAAAAAAAACAAACAAACAGUUUUUCUUAAUGCCUUAUUAUGUAUCGCCGGCUUACUUAAAUAUGGGCAUAACUGAGGCUUUCAAAAUGAAGGGGACAAUUCAGUUAAACUUCGUGACUACCUAAAUUCGACAAUUUUCUUUUUCAUUUACUGAUACUUCCGUGCAAUAAAGUAUAAUAAACCAUGUUCUAAUCGGAGAGGGGCUGUUACAAUUUCUUGUCCCCCAGCACCAGCAAACCAAAAAACGGAAGACAUGACCCUGGCGCGCCUGUCGACAGUUACUUUAACAAAGUUUUGCGUCGAAUUUUGAUUGCUUAAUCUUAUUAUGUGUUGACGUUUUGACUCAGGAAGAAUUUAUUUUACCAGUCUUAACGACAGUCAUCGACAGGUCAUCAGUCAUCUUAAAACCUUGUGAAAUUUGUUCUAAAACUGUUCUUGGACCGUCAUGACUUUUGACUUAUUUUAUUUAUAAUAUUUAGAAUCACUCUCACGUGUCUCUGUGCAAUGGACUUUCGCAAGUUCCCCAUGGAUCGACAAGUGUGUGAAUUGAACUUCUUAAGUUGUAAGUUCCAAAAAAAUAUACGUAUUGAUGAAAUAAAAACGCUGAUGCCAGGUGACUGCUUAUGUGUUAGUUGUUAUACCUGCUAAAAAAGAUCUAAAUUUUUCAUUUUCUAAAUGCCAUAUUUUCACUAUCUUCGCAGCUGUUUAUCUUGCCCUUGUGCCUAGAUUUUAUAACGGGAUUAUUUAAAUCAUUCUAUUUUAGACCCCGUUAUUAAUUUGGGAAUGGUCUUGAACUUUAUUAUUUACUAGGCUUCAUUCUAAUACACUCCAUUAGUACGGAAUAAGCAUUUAAUUUAUUAUCUCUUUUGUUUAUAUUUUAUUCACUGAAAAAUGUGCCUUGUUCUUUUAGUCAUACCAUUAAUUGUUUUCUCUUGACUCUUUUGCUUUGCAGACUCUUUUACCACAGAUGAUAUUGUUUACGAGUGGAAGGAGAAAAAUAAAACUUUGUCAGAAAGUGUCGAGAUUGCUCAAUUUACAUUUAAACCAGUCAGCGCUCAUCAGGACGUCAGCAGCUACGUAACUGGUACUCUAUGUGUUGAUGUGUCGGUAAUUUUAGCGGUUCUCAUACAUUCUCUCUAACGGCUACCUCUAAAAUUGGGCCUGAUACAAACUCUCUCACGUUUGUGCUCGUUAAGGCCAGAUUUUGGCCGUAACGCUGAUUGGCUGCCGGAAGUUGAAAGCGCUUAUUCCUCGCGUGGCUGUUUUCGUGAAUGAUCCGUCGUCGGCGGGGAGAAGGAUCGAUUUUGCUGUCUUUUUUAUUGUUUUAUGGUCUUAUGCUAGGAAAAUAUGCCUUAAUAUGUGUCAUGGAAAUUCAGAAAAUUCAUAUGGUUGUUCACAUCUUCUCAGGAUUUGCUUUAUUUACGGAACUAAUGUGAGUCUAUCGCGGAGUUGAAUCCCUCUGCAAGUUGUUGACCUUAGGUGCCUUUUGAUUUCCCAACAAACGAGUGCAAAUCAAAAUACUGUCCAUCUUAAAACUGGUUUCAUCUGAAAGUUUAGCCGGGAAUGACUUCUCUGAACGGGGUACGCAAGCGGAGGCUCACUGCGAAAGAAACCUCAAUCGCCAACUAUGAAGUAUUAGACGAAAAAAUAUCGCAUCGCUAUUCAAGGAAUUUUUGUAGGCAUUAUUAUAAAAACUGGUGACUGGUUGUUUGCCUUCGCUUUUUGUAAAAUAUAAACCAGGAAAACUGGUGUCCUCGCUCGUUGGCUGUUUGCUUUUGUUUUUAAAGAUUUAUGCACUGAAAAUCGGGGAAAAUUGCCGAGGAAAAUAGAAAUUUCAGUAUUUUAAAUUCGAACGCGCCUAGACAAAAUAAUAAAACUAGUAGAACAUCGUGUCGCCGUCUUUUGGAAAACUUUUUACCUUCUACGCCAACAGAAAUAACCUUCGAGAUCUCCCUUAGUCUCUCAAGAAAUGUGAUUGUGCUGACUGUUUUAUUUUUAGCUGAAAAAAUUAACAGAUAAAAGCUAUUUUUUAAGUCAGCCAGUCUGCAUUUUUCGCACGCGUGAAAAAUUUGCAUAUUAGAAAAACAAGCAAGGAAGUAAUUUUGUUUGGCUGAUUCGGCAAAUUUCAAUCAAUCAAAAAAGUGGGCGGCAGGUUUGUAUCAGGCUCUCUUUUCGUUUCGCCUAGCCCGCCGGAAUGUAAUUUUCAAAGCGAAACGAAAGUAGAGCCUGAUCUCAAGUUAAUGUGUUGGGGAUGUGGUCUUGAGACAGCCACCUGAUCUAUUCCCGGCAUAAAAAUCGAUAGCAAUCAAGUGAUUUUUAUCGAUUGACAAUGGAAAUCGGUGAAAAUCGAUAUACUAAAUUGAUGUGUCAAAUCGAUAUUAUCGAUUUUUCAUGAUUUUAGCGGUAUAUAACGGAAGUCCGCCAUGGUUGAUUUUUGGCAUAAGUUAGCAUCCACGAGUAACAACUGAUCAGCAAACAUGAAAAUGAGAAAUGUGGAAACUAUUGCACACACAACUUUCUCUCUAAAACCCUUUUUUUGUACUUAAUAACAAAAUCGGUUCGGUUUUAUAAUUACAUUCAGUACGUUCUCGCAGGCAAGUAUAACGAGAAAUACAACCUUAGUAAAGAUUCCCUAGUCUGAAUUUCAGACAUCCCCUCGAGUUGAAGGAUUUACCGAUUUUUAUCGAUUUAUCGAUUCAUCGAUGCCGAUUUUUAUCAAUUGAUUACUCCGAGUCCAUUGAGAUUAUCGGUUGGCAUUUUCCUUAAAUAAAGAAUAAAAGCGAGAGAUUUUAUUCUGGAUUUUAUAUACAAGAGAGUCGACAUGCUGUUUGUAAACAGACUUCUCCUUUAAUAGCUCCCUAUCACACGUUUUCAUCAAAGCUCCUUUCUUUUUAAUUUGCCAGUGUUUCUCAUCAAAUGCUUGCAUAUUUUUAAAUGUUUCUUUCUCUUUUCCUAGGUAAUUACUCUGUUCUUGGCCUUAGAUUUGUGUUCACUCGACGCAUUGGCCAUUACCUGACAAGGGCUUACAUUCCAGCCAUUCUCAUCGCCUGUAUGUCUUGGCUUUCAUUCUUCAUUGAUCGGAAGUCAGUUCCAGCUCGUGUUGCACUAAGCAUAAUGACUGUUCUCACAAUUACUACACUGUUAAUCGGUGUUGGUCAGGGAUCUUUGCCUGUGGUAUCGUAUGUGAAGGCAGUGGACUGGUACCUAAUUUUUUGCUAUAUUUUUGUGUUCGGUGCAUUUGCAGAAUAUGCAAUUGUAAACAGCAUAGAAAGAGGACACAAAUCUACAGAGCAUCGAGUGGUAAGAAUUAGUAUGGAUGCAUUUGUAUACUCCGUGGAAAUAAAAAUGUGAUUGAGUCUACUUAUACUGUCAACCAAAAAUACAAAUUUAGUUACAAAAUUGGCGAGUAAAAUAUCCGAGUACCGUAAAUCUUUUUGUUUCCACUUGCCAAUGCUUAUUCUGCGGCGCUGAGUUUUACACUUUCCUCAAUGACUGUUAAGCGAAAGUAAAACCGAGUCAGUGCGUACCGAUUGACAAUUGUCUCCACCGAGGCUUGUUUCGCUUUUUCUACUGUUUUAGAAAAAAGACGCGAGUAUCAGAUUUGUAAUUAGAGUAACAAUUACGCAACCCAUCGAACUCAUCGAACCCAUCGAUCAAGAUUAGCUGCUGCCAAAACAUUUGGAGACUUACCACCGUGCUUAGAAUAGACCCAUUCGGCUAAUUCAAUGUUGUACCCAAUUCAAUUCUGCAUAGUUAUUAGAGGAGACUGGUUAUGACAAGCGGCAAACAUCAAUGAUAAAAACAACAGUGCUGCAGUUUAUGUUCAAAGCACCGUGAAAGUGCACAAUCCUUUGUUUUCUGUUGGCAAAUUGUUAGGGAAUAAAUUAAUGCAACGUUUUUAUUGGUCAAUACAAUCAAAAUGAUAGGAAUUCUUUUGAACGUUGUGCACUUUCAGGUCCACAAAAACAUAUAACAAAGGAGUCUGACGGGUUUCAUAACCAUUCCACUCAAUUAACUAUGUCAAUUCCUUUAGGAAUAAAACGUUUUGUUUCAGGAAUUUCCAUAUCAUUUAAAUGUGAAUGCCACAUUAUAAAGCAAAUACAAUACACAUAGAACCUUAACCCCAGGAGAUUGGAAUUGGGUACAACAUUGAGUUAGCCGAAUAGGUCUUUUUGUCAGUACUUAUACUUUUCUGGAUAAAUUCUACCGCUUUCAUGCAUUUUAGGAAUAAAUCAAAUUGUAACACUCAAAAAUAAAAAUUAGCGAAAAGAGUUUUCACACAACGUUUCGAUGUCACUAUGACAUCAUUAUCAAGUGACAAGAUAAAAACUAAGAUAUAUUAAGUCAGAUUUUAGUUUUUUUUGUCUUGUCACUUAAUAAUGAUGUUAUGGCGACAACGAAACGCUGUGUUCAAUUCUUUCUGCUAAUUUUUAUGCUGUGCUGAGGCAGUUUCUAGAAAAUAAUUGUUUCCAUAGCGACAGCACAACCCAUGGGACUCAUCUGCUAUUUUACAUUUAAGCUGUUAUAAGUCUUAAGAUGUCAAAUAAUUGACCACUCCAGAAAUACCAUAACAUACCAUAAUGCUCUUUGUUUAUCACCCCAAAAUUUUGCAUAAGCAUUGUUUUCAGUUUCUCUUGGGGCCAUUUUAACUCCCAAGAGAAACUGAAGACAAUGCUUAUGCAAAAUUUUGGGGUGACAAACAAAGAGCAUUAUUGUAUGUUAUGGUAUUUUCUGGAGUGGUCAAUUGCGGUGCAUUGAAAUAUGUUAACCUGCCACGUGUUUGACUGCAGAGUGUUACUGAGUCUAUUAGCAGUAUUUAAAUAGUAAGUGGAAGAGCUUCCCUAAACUCUCGGGCUCUUUUGGGCCACCAUUAAUACGUAUACAGUGCCUUCCAAUUUAAAGGGUGUUUUUUCCCCUUGGUUCGUGAACAUAUAAUAGUCCCUAGGUAAUACGAAGAAAAUUGAGAGUGUAUACUAGUUUCCACAAAAAAAGAGCUUUAUGAAUUUCAUCUGCCUUUUUUCUGAGUCUCGGUAAAAAGCCGUUCAAAACUAACCCUCGGACGUACAGGAGGGGUGGAUGACGACCCCCCCCUCCCCCAAUAGGGUUUUUCUCAGUUUUUUAAUAGACGAUAAAAAAAAAGUACCUGACGUUUUCAGUAGCUGCAUGUUCAUUCAUACCUCGCACACAUUUUGAGACAAGUUUAGUGAUGGCCAGUCGCUAUGGUUACGAGAUAUGAAGUCAUAAGAAGCAGGUGGACAGGCCAAUUUUGGGUGAAAAUACAUGUGUUUUCAACUUCUUUCGACAAUAAAAGUAAAUCUUGUGGCUAAAAUCAUGCAAAGCACAAAAAAUUACCUUUUUUGCAGUUUUAACCUGAUUUCUAAUUCUUGGUAAAAUCCAAGAUGGCGACCACUGUUGUUGACGUCACGGGCCUCCAGCGGCGCCACCGCCCCUAAUAUAUACCUCAUCUUGUUAAGAAGAUCACAGGCUUUCCACUAAAGGUAAAAUCGUUUCAAAAUACUGCAAGAUAUAAAAAACACCGGGGAGGGGUUCCAUUCAACACCCCCCCCCUUGCACCACGGUGGGAGUAUGAAUUUGCGUGUACGUCCAAGGGUGAAAUGGGAAUAAACACUUGGAAUAAAUCUUUCAGUCUAUUUCUCUAAGUAAACAAUAACUGAAGCUCUUUUAUCAUUUCAGAAUUUAACGGAAAUCACGAAACCUACGGAUAAUAACGUCACCGUUUCUUCAAGAUCACUGCAGAAGGAUCACGCCGGGGAGAGAUUUGAGCAACAUCCCAUCUUUGCAUGUCGCACGUCUGAGAUGAAACUGGCUAAUCUCAAGAACAUUUUUAAAUGUGGUUCAUUAGAUGAUGUUGCCAAGAUAGCUUUUGCUGUUGUCUUUAUUAUUUUUAAUGGGUUUUACUGGUUGUAUUAUCUGUAUUUUACUGCCUAAAAAAAUAUCUUGCGGGGGAUGCUUAACAAUCAGCGUUUAAAGAGUCUCAACUCACUUUCAGCUUUUUAGUACUUAGCAUAAUAAAAAAUAACUUAAAAUUAUAGUUAAUUGCUUAGACCUGCUUAUGGAUUAGGUAACACCUACUCGCGAUUAUAAAACGAGAUCACCGUUUCUCAGG